AUGAAGAAGUUAAAGUUGAACAAGCCAAAUAGAUUUGCUAUUUUCUUCCAAAUAGGGUUGCUAAAUGCACAGCUCAUUUUUAUAGGUCAUGGUGGUGCUAAAGUAGCUGAGUAUGUCAAACACAACCUCUUCAGCCAUCUUCUUAGGCAUCCAAAGUUCAUGAGUGACACAAAAGUGGCUAUAGAUGAUUCUUAUAAAAGUACCGACAGUGAGUUCUUGGAAUCUGACAGUACUCAAAACCAGUGUGGGUCAACAGCAUCAACUGCUGUACUUGUUGGUGAUCGUCUCUUUGUCGCAAAUGUUGGAGACUCCAGGGCUAUCAUAUGCAGGGCAGGAAAUGCUGUACCUGUUUCGAAAGAUCACAAGCCUGAUCAGACAGAUGAGCGGCAACGUAUUGAAGAAGCUGGAGGUUUUGUUAUGUGGGCAGGGACAUGGCGUGUUGGUGGUGUACUUGCUGUUUCUCGCGCUUUUGGUGACAAGCUCUUAAAGCAGUAUGUAGUUGUGGAUCCAGAGAUCCAGGAGGAAAUCGUUGACGAGUCCCUGGAGUUUCUCAUCCUUGCAAGCGAUGGGCUGUGGGAUGUGGUCUCUAACGAGGAGGCUGUCGAUAUGACCCGGUCAAUACAAGACCCAGAGGAAGCUGCUAAGAGGCUCUUGCAGGAGGCCUACAAGCGGGAGAGCAGCGACAACAUAACCUGCGUCGUCUCGUGGACGGUGUUGGGUCUGAUGAGUGUGUUGUAUCUUGUUGUGGAUUGCCAAACCAUGUGUGAGUGUGAUGUAAUAUCCAUAACUCUCUCAAGCUCGCAUUCCGUGGCCGCGCUGAGCUGCGAGGUGAUGGGCGCGGCGGCGCUGCAGUCCAUGGAGGCCGGCGAGGCGCUGGCAUCCGACGGCGGGAUCGCCAGUGGCUUGGCGCGGGCAUUGGGGAGUGGCAGCCAGCGAGUGGCCGAGGCUGCCUGCAAUGCCGUGAUGGACCUCUCGGCGUCUUCAAUUGGCAGGGAGCACCUCUCGGGCUCACCUGUUCUGCCGAGGCUAUUGUAUCUAUUUUCUCAGGUGGAAUCUAUUUCUGGGGCUGUCGGUGGCGGGAGCACCGGGUGCCAAGCAAGGGUUUCAGAGCCAAGUAAAUGUUUGAACUUGAUCAUUGACACAGUGGUGCUCAUGGUGAACUCCUGUAAAGUCGACAAGUUACACAAUCUUCAACAGGAGCUAGUUAGAAAAGUUAUGCAUUUGUUGUAUGAAGUAUGGAGCAAAGUUAGACUCUUACAGUCAUCAGCUGACUGCAGCAACGGGAAGGAUCAACUUCAAAGCAGACCAUAUGAGAUAUCUGAAGCUAUUUUUAGGCUUUCGAUGGAUCUUGCUUAUCCAGCCCACCUGGAACCUGAUGAAGUCAGAAAAAGCUUUUUUGGACAAACGGAAUCUGACUUUGAAAAGUUUGCCCUGAUGUACUGGGAAAACUCACCUUAUUUGUACAGGAAGAAACAAAGUGGUCUGGAGGGGGAUGCUGUGUUCACUGCAUUGCAUAACGCUUUUGAUCUUAGAACACCUGAUGCUAUCAUUGAGUCAUUCAUACAGGACCUUGUUUCUUGCCCUGCUAUUGCUUCGGAUGAACUCAACAUAAAUUCCUUUCUCGAUGAGGUUCAUGAUUCCUUGGGUGCUGCUGUGAAGUAUAGGCAAGAUGUAAGAGUCGUGAGAACACCAGAUCAGACCUCAACAGGAUCUGGGAUAGAGGAGCAUUUCUUUGAUGAUGGAACGGUCUUCCCAGAUGCAACUGCAUUUGUUGAAAAAUGUAAGGGCGCAAUCAGGAAUGGUUUCUCAAUCGCCUUGCGUGGCAUGGAGUUCCGGUCUGAAAAGGUUGCUGCUAUAGCUUCUGCUCUAGCUGAUCUAUUUGGUCAGCCUUCUGUAGGGGCCAACAUAUACUUCUCACCCCCAAGAUCUCAAGGUCUGGCCCGGCACUAUGAUGACCACUGUGUGCUUGUUUGGCAACUACUUGGACGCAAGAAAUGGAAGAUUUGGCCCAAUACAAAGUCAAUUCUGCCUAGAUUAUAUGAACCUUUUCACUCUUUAGAUGGCUUGGUGGAUGAUCGUGGUGGAAGGGUGGAAGUUUUACGUGAAGGAGACAUCAUGUAUGUUCCUAGAGGCCAUGUGCACGAGGCUUGCACUGACAUUGACGAAGGUGAAUCUGAAGUCAAUGCAUCCGCCAAUUACUCGCUCCAUUUGACCCUUGCCAUCGAGGUCGAGCUACCCUUUGAGUGGGAAGGGUUCACACACAUUGCUCUUCACUGCUGGUUGGAGGAGCAGAAACUUGUGGGGAGCUCUGGAUCUGUCGAGUCCAGGAUGGAAGAACAAGCUCCAUUGUUUGCUCUCCUGCUGCAUGUGGCCAUCAGGUUGCUCUCGGACAAGGAUCCUACACUCAGGAAGACGUGCAUGGUUGCGGCAAAGCUCCCAUCAUCCAGUAAAUCUGUCCGAAGCAGCCAUAGGUCAAUCUUCGACGAGAUACUCGACAACAUCGACAGGAACUGCGGCUUUGAGGAUGCGCUGAGGUCGGUUGAGCUCGCGGUCAAGGAGAGGAACGAUGAGCCGUUCCAGUGGAUGUGCUGGCUCCGGCAUCUCCCACAGCAGCAGCAGCAGCACGGUCGCAGCAGCAGGAUCGACUUCUGCGACGUCCUGGGGCCCUUGGAAGAGCUUCUUGACAUGUUCAGCUCCGAUCGUGAGCGAGCCUCAGCCGAUUUCGCCGAUUUCAAGUCAAGGUUCUGUAGGCGUGCCAUGUACGACGACGCUUGCAGCGAGUUCGAGGCGCUGCUCGUUUUGUAUCGGGCGGGUCGGACGCGGUACACCAAGGGCAUGCUUGCGUUGCACGGGAAGCAUGGAGGGUGA